AGUGAAACUUCGAACCACACCAUGUUGAUGUUUCGGAACAGUACUUGUCGAAUCCUGUGUCCAAUGUUUACCAACCUGACGUAAUACGGAUAGGGGAAAGAAAAAAAAGUUGACACUUGCAUCAGGCUGCCCUACUAGCCUGCGGUAGGCUACCUGAUGGUGGGAUGACUUCGUGAGGGAUGCCUAGGCAUAAGCAUAAAAAAGUGCCCAGGCCUAGAGAAAAAGGAAGAAGUGGUCAUGUGCAACAGAUACCAGCAGAACAUGCAGAAACAUUAAAAGAGGAUACCAGAUCCUGGGAUGAAAUAGAUGAUGACAGUGGUGAAGAAAAUUUUGUAAUUUGUUAUUCAGAUGGAGUCAGUGCAAAAGUAAAAAAGGAUCAAGAAGACGAAGUGGGCAUCUCCCAGUAUACUGAAUACCCAAUAGACUUCUGGUUUCUUAUCAGUGAGAAAAUACACCCUGAAGAUGUGGGAAGAUUUGCUCUAAUAUGUCAUGCUACAUAUUAUGUUGUCUCAACUGCCUCGAUUUUGGUUCUCUUUAUACCGAAGAAAUUACAAGUGGACUGCAAAUCUCCCUGAAUGUCUUGCCUACCAUAAUAUGGACAAUGUAAGAGGCCUUAAACCUGCAGUCAUUCGUUCAUUAUUCUACACAUACUCUCCAUUUUCCACACGUAUAAUAAAGGAGGAGCCACUUUCAGGGCAUCCAGCAAAGCUAAUUGGAGCUUUGUGUAUUUCACAAUGGUGUUCUGCAAGCAGUACUGAGAAGUUUAAAAAAUAUUUCUUCAUUUUUGCCAAGCAUGUCAAAAAGAAACGGAAAGUUCAUUGUGCGCAAAAUGUUCAAGAUAUGCCAAGUGAUUCUGUAGUACAUUACAACAAAGAUGAGGGCUGUUAUAUACUAAAAACUGUUCUUAGUGGAGUUUGCCAUAUACCAAUGGUAAUGGGGAGUUAUUUGCAUAAUGGGCAUCUAGGUUUAUCUUCUGGCUUUUGUGCUCAUCGUCUUCAACUCACCUUUGGUCCAGCUUACUUGCUUUCUAAGAAUAACACGGGAGUACAUCAUAGGUAUUUACCAAGCACAGAGAUGUCGCAGAUUGUAUUAGAACCUGUGCGAGACGUACAGAUUUAUCCAUGGUGGCAUCCGAAGUAUGAAGAAUGUCUCCCUCGACUUAAUGGUGAUAAUGGUAAUUUUUGAAGUGUCUUUCAUAUGGAAUGUUGUUUUCAUGUAAUUGUGGGUAUUUUUUUUUAUAAAGGGGUACACUUGUUGUAAACAUCUGAAAGUACAGUAUAGUUUUAUCAUUUUAAGUUGAAUUUUGCAUCUUGGGUGAAUAAAUGGCACUGGAGAGUAUAUUUUUUUAAAUAAAAUGUUCCCAAACA